AUGGCCGCCAGCAUCCACCCAUCCACCCCGCACUCUGAGAGCACCCCCACAGGAUGCCCCUGGGGACAUGGAUGUCCUGGUCCGUUGGUGUUCAUCCCACUGGGUGGUUUUAGGAAGAAAGGUAGGGUGGCCGACCGGUUCCGCUUUACCAUAGGAGGGACACCAAUUCCAACGAUGACGGAAAAACCUGUCAAGAGCCUGGGCAAGGUCUUCAACUGCUCCUUGAGGGACUCAGACGCACUCCAGCAUACCAAGGCUGAGCUGACAUCAUGGCUCACAGCAAUAGACAAGUCGGGGCUACCAGGGAAAUUCAAAACCUGGAUCUACCAACACGGAGUCUUGCCAAGACUCCUUUGGCCCCUGCUUGUCUAUGAGGUGCCCAUGUCAAUGGUGGAGACACUGGAACGGACCAUCAGUCAGUUUCUCCGCAGGUGGCUUGGGCUCCCCCGAUCCCUCAGCAGCAUCGCUCUGUAUGGCCAUUCCACCAUACUGCAACUUCCAAUCAGCGGCCUGGUGGAAGAGUUUAAGGUCACACGUGCCAGGGAGCUGAUGAUGUACUGGGACUCCUCCAACAAGAAAGUCGCCACAGCAGGGAUCCUGGUGAAAACUGGGAGAAAGUGGAAGGCACAGGAAGCCAUUGACAGAGCAGAGGCACGACUGCAGCACAACAUCUUGGUGGGCAACACGGCAGUGGGCCGGGCGGGACUUGGCAGCUUCCCCAAACCCCGCUACGACAAAGCCAGAGGAAGGGAGAAACGUCAAAUGGUACAGGAUGUGAUCAGAGCAGAGGUGGAGGAAGAUCGGCGGGUCAAGAUGGUGGCUAUGUACCAACAAGGCGCCUGGACGAGGUGGGAGCACGCCGAACAGCGGAAAAUCACCUGGCCAGAGCUCUGGAGACUCGAACCCCAGCACAUGAAGUUCCUCAUCCAAUCAGUAUAUGACGUUCUCCCUAGCCCAACCAAUCUGCUGCGAUGGGGCUUGGCAGACACUGCAGCAUGCCAGCUGUGCCUGAAGAGAGCCACCCUAGAGCACAUCCUCAGUUGCUGCCCGAAGGCCUUGGGGGAAGGGCGGUACCGCUGGCGUCACGACCAGGUCCUCAGGGCUCUGGCAGACACGCUCAGCUCAGCACUUACCAACUGCAAAUACCAGCACACCCCCAAGCAGUCCAUCACUUUCGUCAGAGCUGGGGAGAAGGCACAACAUCAGCCAAGUUCCUCUGGGGGGCUCCUCACCACUGCACGAGACUGGAAACUCCAUGUCGACCUGGGAAGACAGCUCAAAUUCCCAGAGAACAUCUCGGCCACUUUACUUCGGCCAGACAUGGUGUUAACAUCAGAGUCAACAAAGCAAGUGGUUCUGGUUGAGCUUACUGUCCCCUGGGAAGACAGAAUGGAGGAGGCCAACGAACGCAAGAGGGCCAAAUAUGCUGAACUGGUGACUGAGUGCCGGAGCAAUGGCUGGAAAGCCCGCUGCGAACCAGUCGAGGUGGGGUGCCGGGGUUUUGCUGGCCAGUCACUACCCCGAACCCUAAAACUCCUUGGAGUAAAAGGUCAGCUGUGCAGAAGAGCCAUCAAGAGCAUCAUAGAGGCUGCAGAAAAAGCCUCAAGGUGGCUAUGGAUCUGGAGGGGAGAUCCGUGGAGUAGUGGGCCACUUGGACACAAGCCGGGGACUGAUCACCCCCGGCUGGGUCGCCCGAGCGAGGGUGUUUGAUGAUCAAAGACCCGAA